AUGAAGAGGGGCGCAGAGAUUGAGUUUGGGACAGCAAUGGAAUACUCAAGGAUUAUGAAAGUAAACUACUCACCCUGUGGACUAGUUAUCCACCCCGAUGCCCUUUGACUUGGUGCCUCCCCCCGAUGGGCUUGUUUUCGAUCCCACAGAACAUCCACCUUUUGGGUUGGUAGAAAUCAAGUGCCCCAACGUGAAGAACUAUGUUGAUUGCAAAUAUUUGUAA